AUGAGUACGGAACGCCUUUUGAUCACAGGGGUAACUGGCUACAUUGGGUUCCAGACCUUGGUCCUUGCCCUGGAAAACAAGCAUUAUGUUCGUGCUGUCGUCCGAAGCGAAAGAAACAUAUCAGAUUUGAAAAGCAAAAUCACUACCAUCGGCGAGAUUGACAGCCAACUUGAAUUUGCUAUUGUUCCAGAUUUCCUUGAGAAAGAUGCUAUCUUCAAUGUUCUCGACGGCAUCAGUGUCAUACUUCAUUUGGCAUCACCUUUGGCAGUCGAGACCGAUAACUACGAAAACGACAUCAUCAAUCCGUCUGUUUCUAUGGUCACAUCUGUCUUGGAUGCAGCUGCUCGUGUACCGACUGUUCGACGGGUCGUACUGACAUCCUCUUGCGUCACCCUUAUUCCCUUUGAAUGGAACAUGAAUCCAGACAGUGAAAAGCUAUACACCGUGGAUGAAAUCAACACCGACGUCGCCGGCCCAUUCACCGGGGCAAUGCAAGCCUACUGGGCCUCUAAGGCACUCGCAAGAGCUGCGACAAGGACCUUCAUUGCCGAGAGACGGCCACAGUUCAAUUUUAUCAACCUUCUGCCUGGGGUAGUCAUUGGACCAGACAAUCGCCUUACUAAUGACCCUACUGCGAAUACCAGCGCACUUCUAAAAGAAACUCGCGCUGCAGUCCUUGCGCCGGUGCUUACAUCGUCACUCAAUUCAUCGUUCCCCUACGUUGGAAUUCCCGUGCAUGUUGCAGAUGUGGCGCGUGCCCAUAUCGAUGCUAUAGACUCUAACCGGGUUCCGGGGAAUACUGAGUAUAUACUGUCUUCGGAUGCUCCUGAAGGUGUUGUUUGGAAUAGGGAUGCAGCAUAUGUUGCUCAAAAUUACUUUGCAGGUGAGGUUAAGAGUCAAGUGCUACCGAUGAAGGGGUCUUUGACAACGGUUAAAUGGAGCCUUGAUACUAAGAAGACCGAGGAGGUUUUUGGAUGGCGGUUUACUGGGUUUGAGGAGACGCUGAGACAGCUUCUGGCACAGUACCUGCAGCUUCGACAAAGGGAGUAA